ACGCCAUGGAAACAACCUCUUGGUUAUUUUUUUGCCUAUCGAGGAACACCCGCAAGCAUUUUGAAAGACCUGCUUUUGCAAUGCUGCAAGUCCCUUGUGGACGCUGGCUUGCAACCAGUAGCGGUAGUCUGUGACCAGGGAAGCCAGAACGUGUCCCUUUUUGCAAGCCUAGUCACCACCGAAGAGCCGUAUACAGACAUAGACGGAAGGAGGCUCUUUUUUCUUUUCGAUGCUCCGCACUUACUUAAAUGCCUCCGAAACAUGCUAUUUAAGUAUGAUUUCAGAAUAGGUGAUCACCUUGUGAAGAGCAGUUACAUUAGGCAGGCGUAUGAAAAGGACCGCACGCAUGAGAUUCGUUCGAUACCAAGGCUGAACGACAGACAUUUUAACCUAACCUUUGCAUCAAAGAUGUCUGUAAAAUUGGCUGCACAAGUUUUCAGCAACCACUGUGCUGCUGCAAUGUACACCUUGGUCACUUUUCAGCAGCUGCCCGCUGAAGCAAUUCAUACUGCACGAUUUGUAGAAAGGAUAGAUCGUUUGUUUGACUGCCUGAACAGUUCACAGAGAGCGGCAAAGACACCUUAUGCAUCUGCGAUGUGCAAUGGCUCUGUCCAUAGAGAGUUUCUGACGGAAUGCAUUGCAGUAUUUGAAAACAUGCGAGUAGUGGGUUGUCCGAGGCAGCCGCCUUGUAUACGCGGGUUUUGUUUAACCAUGCGGUCUCUUUUGAUGCUCUAUGAUCAUCUCACAAUGAAUUAUGGAUUUUCUUAUGUUCUCGCCAGGCGAUUAAACCAGGACGCACUUGAAAACAGCUUUUCGACGAUAAGGUCCAAAUCAGGUGCGAACACCAACACUACAGCUCGUCAGUUUCAGGCCGCUUUCAGGCAUCUUUUGAUCAAUAACCUGUUCAAGUUGUCUGAAAACUCUAACUGCGCCGAGGACAUGACAACAGUCUUGGCAACUCUUCCUGUCGGCAUUUCGGCACUGUUUCCGGCUCUUGGUAUCAGAAGCACAGUCUCGCUUAGCAUGACAGAUGAUUCUUUCUCGGACGAACUUUCGGACAUACAGCAAAAUAACCUAGUUUAUUUUGCCGGCUGGUUAGCGGCGAAAUUUUUGCGGUCCCAUUCGUGCGUCAGAACAACCCAGAAAUGUAGCCUGAAGGUAGAAUAUGCGUCAUUUAGUGAGGCCAACCAAGUGCUACUAUAUUUGAGCGUAAAAGGUACUGCGGAAUCUGACUUUGGAAGUCUCUCAGUUCCUUCCCCUCCAUUCGUGUCUUUUGUUGAAGGCUGCGAAAAUGUUUUUCAGGAAGCCAUCGGUAGCCUUUUCUCCAUGGAGAGAGUAGGACAUACGUUGUGUACGCGUCUUCAUGAGAAGGUUGAAAAGACACUCGCCGUUUGUGAAGAGGACGUUUAUAAUGCCUUAUUUUGCCUCUUUGCCCGAAUCAGGUUGCAUUGGUUUGCACGAAAAAGAAAUGUUGAAUUUCAAUGUGCACAAACGAAGCGUCAAGCUAAGCAACAAGUGCAAAGGCUGAACAGUUGA